AUGCUCGCGAUGCCAUCCGCAUCAUCAUCUUGUCUCAUUAUCAAUGCAAAUGUUGGCAUGCAGGGAGGAGUUCGCAUAAAUUGCCAGAUUCACCUCGGCUCAAUCGCAAUUGCACCAGCUUCUGGUAUCACAUGGCUCCGGCUGGCAGAAGUGGGUGCACACAUUCGCCCGCAGCAUCGUCUCAUUCGCUGUAUGGCAUUGUUUGCGACACGAUUCCCGGCAAUGGGAAGGCACAGUGGAACCAAAUCACUGAUCGGUAGCCAUGACUACCAUACAUUGGCUGGGCCAAUCUGUGUGUUUUGCCAACGGGAUGAACAGAGUUUGUUGGUGGGACUUUUUUCAAUUGGUGUAAAUGCGCUGCUUAGGCAAUAA